AACAACCUGAAUGCAAGCUAAACGCGCCAGCCAGACGGGUUGCAAAACAACGGAAUCUGCACAGUGCACAUUGCAUUACAAGCCGCGGGAGUCGGUGCUACACCAAAAUCACACAAAAUUCGUUAAUUUUUUUUUGUUGAAGGAUAACAGCCUAUUUUCCUGGGACUAAAUUAAGUUUGUGUUUUAAGUUUUUUUUAUUAUUCACUUUUAAACGUUAAAUUAUUUUAAUUGUCUACUGCGAUAGUUUAUAAAACAUAGUGUUAUUUUUUAUCAUUCAAAUGAUGUUUGUUGUGUUUGUUAAAGUGUAAUUUAAAGUGUAGAUUGUAACAUUUAAAAGAAAGGGCUAUGGCAGAAGGUAAUGGUGAGGUAUCGGAAGAACCAAUGAGGAUAGAGGACGUCGAGAGAACCGAAGACUAUCAGAAACUAAUAGAAUAUGGCCUCGAUGAGAAAGUUGCGGCUAAAUUAGAUGAGAUCUACAAGACUGGUAAAUUAGCGCAUGUGGACCUUGACGAGAGGGCCCUGGACGCCCUUAAGGAGUUCCCCGUCGACGGGGCGCUCAACGUCCUCGGCCAGUUCCUCGACUCGAACCUGGAGCACGUCUCAAACAAGUCGGCGUACCUGUGCGGCGUCAUGAAAACGUACCGGCAGAAGAGCAGGGCCGGCUCGAGCGCGGGCACCGCCGCGCCCGCGCCCGCCCCCGUCAAGGGCCCCGACGAGGAGAAGAUCAAACAGAUACUGGACAGGACGGGGUACACUCUCGACGUAACGACAGGUCAAAGGAAGUACGGCGGGCCGCCGCCGGGCUGGGAGGGCCCGUCCCCGGGGUCCGGAUGCGAGGUAUUCUGCGGCAAAAUCCCGAAGGACAUGUACGAGGACGAGCUGAUACCGCUGUUCGAGGCGUGCGGCAACAUCUGGGACCUCAGGCUCAUGAUGGACCCGAUGACGGGCACGAACAGAGGGUAUGCGUUUGUAACAUUUACCUCACGCGACGCCGCCCAGCUAGCCGUCCAGAAGCUGAAUGAUUAUGAGAUACGGAAAGGCAAAAAGAUUGGCGUAACCAUAUCUUAUAACAAUCACCGGUUAUUUGUGGGCUAUAUUCCAAAGAACCGGGAUCGAGACGAUCUUUUGGAAGAGUUUUCCAAACAUGCACCUGGGCUCAUGGAGGUCAUCAUUUACUCAUCCCCGGACGACAAGAAGAAAAAUCGGGGUUUCUGUUUUCUCGAAUACGAGUCCCACAAGGCCGCCUCGUUGGCCAAGAGGCGACUCGGCACCGGCCGUAUCAAGGUCUGGGGCUGCGACAUCAUAGUAGACUGGGCCGAUCCCCAGGAAGAGCCCGACGAGCAGACCAUGUCCAAAGUUAAGGUCCUGUACGUCAGGAACCUGACGCAAGAGAUCACCGAGGAGAAGCUCAAGGAGGUCUUCGAGCUUUACGGCAAAGUGGAGAGGGUUAAGAAAAUCAAAGACUACGCGUUCAUUCACUUCGAGGAUAGGGAUCACGCAGUAAAGGCCAUGGAAGAGCUGGAUUCUAAAGAAAUGGGGGGAUCAAACAUUGAAGUUUCACUAGCCAAACCGCCGUCCGAUAAGAAGAAGAAGGAGGAGAUACUGAGAGCUCGGGAAAGACGCAUGAUGCAGAUGAUGCAAAUACGAGGAGGAAUGAUGCCCGGACCGAUGCCCCUGAGAGGACCACCCGGACCAGGAGGUCCACGAACGGGAUCCGGAAGCAUGCGAGGGGGCCCGAUGGGUCGGGGCGACUACGAUUAUGAUUACGACUAUUACGGUUACGGGGACUAUAGAGGCGGCUACAGCGAUCCCUAUUAUGAUGACUUUUACCGGUAUGAAGAUUACUAUUACGAUUAUCAGCCGACCCCGACGCAAGGGAGAGGAAGGGGUCGGCAGCCAGCACCGGAACUGGAUGAAGGAGUCGGUUCAGGCGUUUACUACGAUGUUAGCAGUGGAACACAGCAGGCUGGCCGUGGGCGUGGGGUGGUGGCACGUGGCCGGGCCGGUGGCCCCCCAGCCCGUGGGGCGGCAGCCAACCGGGCGGGCCGGGGAGGAGCAGCAGGGGCCCGUGGGGCAGCACGCCAAGCCGCUCGUGGAGUGGGCCGCGCCAAGGGAAGUUUACCAGCAGGUAAACGGAAGUUUGACGGGGGUCACCAGAACCAGGGGGAUUCUAAGCGCAGGUUUCAAAGCAACUGGGGGAGCCAGCCCCUUCCACAGCAGCCGCUGGGGGCAGAUAUAAACGGAGAGCAGCAGGCAUGGUACCAGGAUUCGUACCAGUCCUGGAGCUAAGUGAACGAACUGUGAAGCCCACGGUGGGACUGAGUGUGAGUGGCCCUGCGUCAGGGCAAAGGGUGGGCGCACCCUCAUGUGCCUGCUAGUUGUGCGCCUGGCGCCCUCAACAUAGUGGAACCCAACAGCCGAUGGUGUCCCCAAUACACGUAUUACCUAUUCUGCAUUCGUUUUUUUUUUUUGUCUAUUUGUAACUUGUUAAGUUGGAUUAUUCAAAAUUUUUUAACUGUACGUUUGUUUUAUAAAUUUGCCAAUUAAAUUGAUUAAGUUAUGUUUUAAUGAUGUUAUUUGGGCUCAGCGUCUCCAAGUUCUGGCGACAACACAUCUCGGGACGCCGCCUGUUCGUUGAUAGUCUUUUUUUUUUUGAAGGCGGGAGCCGAGCCGCCCUCGGCCCGCGCCCCUAUUAAUAUUAUGUUUUUAUUACUUAAUAUCAAGCAACCCGAUAUCCCAGGUGUCACAUCACUGCAUCAUUUAUUUUUUGCCGUUGUUUAUUUCACUUGUAAUAGUCUGGAAAGGAGGAACUGUUGUACACACACUGAUAAGCAUGGGUUUGGCACUGUGGAGCGCGGCGGUCGAACCUCCCAGCGGCGGACGUACGACAGCCGCGCCGGGCAUGGAGGGACUCAACACUCGGUUCAUGCAGUACAGCCGAGACAGUUGCUCAUGAACAGAGUGAAUUUUAUUAUAUGUAUAAUAUAAUUAUAUAUUUUAUUCUUGGUAAUGCAUUUUUGCAUUGUGAUGAUUGUAUUUUAGCAGUAAUUUAGGAAGUUCAAGCAUACAUACUUCUGUUUUCCGGCACCCGCGAGUACGUCACGAACGAGCAAAAGAAAAAGUUUUGAUCCGAUAUAAAAACGCAGACGCAAUGUUUCAGUCUCCGAGCAGAACACGAGAGAUUACAGCUAAAACAUUCAUUGAUUUGCAAUUUUAGAUGAUUUAAUGGUAACCGAUUGAUUUUUGUUUGUAUUAUCCUGUAACUGUUUUGGUUUUAUACGUCCGUUAUUUGCUUUCGCUUCCCUGGCAUUUUGUCCCCUCUCCGUACACUGUAACAAAGUUGUUUUUUUUUAAGUAAUCUUUUUAGUGUGAGGUAGCUAAUAUUCAUCCAAUGUACUGUCUAGAACUAUACGCCUAAUAGUAACACACAUCUGCAAUUUUACUACAACACAACCAUACUACUGUCAAACAAUAUGAGAUGCGUUUUUUGCAAUUCAUACUGUAUUGUAUUUUAUUGGUAAAUCGAUCCGAGGCCAUCGGGCUUCGCACUUAUUGUUAUGUAUAUCAUCUAUCGAUUAAUAAUGAGAGGACUGAUGAUUUAUAUGUCUCAAUAAACAGUUGUAUGUGUAUUACGAUUUUACAAAA